AUGGCAAUUAAUUUAAACCAUGAAGUUUUACCACCCGAGCUAAUAAAUUCAGUACAAGAGUUGAAUUCUUCCAUUGACAAAGUUGAUAAAAUCUUGGAUCAAAUUAUUACCAACCAAUUUGCUGAUAAUAUUGAUAAGCUCGAACUAUUGGAUCAGGCGAAAGCUUACUUGGUGGUAACUUAUGCCAUGAAUUCACUUUAUUGGACGAAAAAUCGUUAUGCUCUUUUAGCAAUGAAAGUAGAUAAAAAAGCUGCAGGUCGAAUUAUAAAAAGUGCACUAAAACAGCCGAUUAAAAAGGAUGAAGCAGAUAAUACCAAAUCUUCUCGUAAACUUGAAAAAGUACGCAAGGCGGCGGCAAACAAGAAAAGGAAGAUCGAUCAUUCCACAUCAUAG